AUGACUUCACACGGUUUCCCCCAUUCCGAAGAUAUGGUUAUCGACUUGACUAUUGGGGUAGAUGCAACGAGCUUCUGCCCUGAAUUAGAUCUAUUUCUAAGUCCUUUGUCACGAAUCGAAAUCACUAUCAAGCUGCCGAAGUUUACCAUACCCGGUCAAUCAAUUUCGAACUGGGAUCUAAUGGAGCGCCUCAAGAAAGGUGUAGCACCUAUCCAGGUAAUUUUACUUAUAGAACUUUCGAUAACAACUAUAAAGUAUGCUUUAGUUUGUUUCAAUCCUCGUCAUGACUGGGAUUUGUUCUUCAUGAAGAACCAACUUAACGAGAACAAAGUUGGCGAACGUCCAGACACAAUCUAUCUUGCCAAAGUACCCAUAAAAUGGUUUUCCAAAGGCAGUGAUUUACCUAGUGAAGAUAUUCUGAAAACUGCUAUGGAAUCCUUCGGAAAUGUGAGAAGGGUGGACAUCCCUGCUUGCGAUGCUCUAAGAAAAGAAAUGGAUCCUGAGAUCAGCGGCAUCAAAACAAAAGGAUUUGCAUUUGGACCGGAGCUAUUUUUCGAAGCCUACGUCCAGUAUAUGGAAUACAGCGGGUUCUCUGAAGCUAUGGAUGCCUUACGUAACAAGAAGUGGACUAAAAGAAUUGAUGGAAAAGUGUUUCAUGCCAACGUGAAGGUCGGUUCAGCUACGCUUUUAGAGCUUCUGCAGUGCGAAGCUGAACGACUCCGUAAAGAAGCCGAAAGACUCAAACAAUUAGAAGAAGAACGUUUGCUCAAAGAGGCUGUUGAGGCGUUACGUCGAGCGCGUGAAGCUAGAACUGCAGAAUCGAAGCGAUUCCUUGAACUCAUGUUUGAACAUAUUCAGGUAAUAUUUCUAGUUGGAGUCUCUACUAGGGUCUUCUUUAUCGUAGCCUAA